AUGCUGGCAUCCAAAAGAGACAAAAGGUCUCUGGAGUCGAUCAACUCGAGGCUCCUACUUGUUAUGAAAAGUGGAAAGUACGUGCUGGGGUACAAACAGACUCUGAAGAUGAUCAGACAGAGCAAAGCAAAAUUGGUUAUCCUCACCAACAACUGUCCAGCUUUGAGGAAAUCUGAAAUAGAAUUCUAUGCCAUGUUGGCUAAAACUGGUGAUCAUCACUACAGUGGCAAUAACAUUAAAUUGGGCACAGCAUGUGGAAAAUACUACAGGGUAUGCACACUGGCUGUCAUUGACCCAGGUGAUUCUGAUAUUAUUAGAAGCAUGACUGGUCAACAGUAA